AAGGGGUUUGAGAGACCAUGAGAAGGGAGAGCUAGGAAGAUGAAGGCUUGGCAAAAAGCCCUGUCUGGUGUGAGGGGAGCCAUGAGCCGUUUCCUGAAUGUGUUGCGAAGCUGGCUGGUUAUGGUCUCCAUCAUAGCCAUGGGGAACACGUUACAGAGCUUCCGAGACCACACCUUUCUCUAUGAAAAGCUCUACACCGGCAAGCCAGACCUCGUGAAUGGCCUCCAAGCUCGGACCUUUGGGAUCUGGACGCUGCUCUUAUCAGUGAUUCGCUGCAUCUGUGCAAUCGACAUCCACAACAAGACGCUCUACCACCUCACGCUCUGGACCUUCCUCCUCGCCCUGGGGCACUUCCUCUCCGAGGUGUUUGUAUAUGGGACCGCGGCUCCCACAAUUGGCAUCCUGGCACCCCUGAUGGUGGCAAGUUUCUCAAUCCUGGGAAUGCUAGUUGGGCUCCGGUACCUGGAAGUAGAACCAGUAUCCAGACAGAAGAAGAGAAACUGAGGCCAGCCCUACCACCUCCAAGACUUCGUCUUCCACCUUCGCUGUCCUGUGCCUUCAUCCUCUCUGCUCUUUAAUUUCUUCUCUGCUCUAUCAUCAACUGCCUUACCCAUGUCUAGCCUUUUACUUUUGGAGUUUCUUUACAUUAAAAAUUUUUUAACAUAUAACAUGUAUGUACAAUGUAAAGAAUCAUUUUAAAGUGAAUACGCUGUACCUCCAUCCAGAUCAAGAAAUUGCCAGCACCUCCAAAGCCCACUGUGUGCCCUUCCCCCACCUCCACCUCUUCCAGGAUCACUUUUCCAGCCUUCUGCCUUUUUCCUUUUAUUUUCAAUCCUUGAUGUGACUUGUGUGGUGGGAACACGUGAACUGUGAAACUUAAAGCUGCUGUCUCACACAGAGCAGAUGACUCCAAGGUCUGCUUUCAGAGGUCGUCCACCCACGUUGGGCUCUUCUCUGCUGCUGCACCCAAGACUCUGAACCAUCCGAGGGACAGGCAAUUCUUCUGAGAGGGGCUCCUCUGUGAGUGAGCGUGGCUCACAUCCUUGUAUCUACAUGUGGAUCAGGGUUGGAAGAGUCGGAGCUGUUUUAGACCUUCUGUUCAGCUGUGUUUGUGUAACAAAUUUUGUGAUAAAUAGAAAAACUCUCUGUUCUGAUCA